AUGAACCACUCGCGCCCCUUUGCCCGCAGCCCAUUCAAGCCAUUUCGCCCCGCAUUCGACUACCUGAGCCAGAUUUCGCGCUCGGCCAUCCAGCUCCCCACCGCCGGCACCUCGAAGCCAAUCUUGGCGCCCUUCACAGCCCACCGCCGCAAGACGACCGCCGACUCGCUCGAUGGCACAGACGACGACAUAGAAGGCCACGCAGACUCGAACAUGGACGGCAGCAGACGCCCCCGCGAGCUGGGACGCGAGCGGGACUUGGACGGCCUUGGGCCCACCGCCCUGCUCAUCGACAUUGGCUCCCGCGCCACGUCGCCCUACCCGCGCAGUCGCAGCGCCGCGCCGAGCGAGGACGAGGACGAUUACUAUGAGCUCAGCAACAGCAACAGCAUCAGCAACGGCAUCAGCAACAGCAUCAGCAUCGGCACACGUCCGCUGGUUGGCGGCGGCCGUGGCGCAGGGUACGAGAGGCCCAGCUGGAAGAUGAUCUUUGGCCCGGGAGGGCUGGGCAACUUCUUGUUCGGGACGUGGGCUGGCUGGCAGAUCUGGAUUGGCCUGUUGGUGUUUUGGGUGGGAGGCUGUGGAUUCGGACUGCUGCUCAUGAACCGCUUCAUCAUGCUCACAGGCGUGUACAAGUUCCCCUUCCCGCUGACAGGCACAUAUCUCCAGCUCAUACUCACCCACCUUCUGCUCGUCGCCUUCUCGAGCCUGACGCGCGGCCUCGCGAGCCCGCUGCGACGUCUUGGAUUCGGGGCUGCCGUUGCGCCAGCGAUCCCCAUCGCGCCCAUCGGCGGUGCCUUCAGGAGCGUCAACAUCAGGACCGGGGUUGCGCGAUUCCUGCGCUGGCUGACCAAUGGCUCCGGCGGGAUCGCUGGCGGCGGCCUGUUCGAGUUCGACUUCUGCGUUGCCAAACACGUCCUCCCCUUGGCCGCCGUCUUCGUCGCCAAAGUCCUGCUGAGCAACUUCUCGUUUGCCUACGCACCCCUCCGUGUCUACCAACUAGCCCGCGUCGGCGUCACUCCCCUUUCCCUCGUCUUCUCCUGCCUCCUGCAGAGAGACAGCCUCUCCGGCUCCACGCUCUCCGCCGCCCUCAUCGCGACCCUGAACCUGCUCUUCGCAACGCUCGGCUCAAACGUCCGCGUCACAUGGGAGUCCAUCGUCGCAGGUGUCUUCUCUUCCUUCUUCGCCGCCCUGUACCCCAUACUACUGCUCCGUACAUACCGCACCCUGCUCGCUCGACUGCUUCCCCUGGGCGACUUGCUGUCUGGCUACCCAACAGGGCGGGGAGAGGGUGAAGACUGCGGAAACAGAGAGGAGACACGAGCCUACUACCGCACGCUGCACUACACAUCUCUCCUCUCCAUCGCCCUUCUCACGCCCAUCGUCCUGCUCUCCGGCGAGCUGCCCAACAUAUACCACAACAUCCCCUUUCUCGACGUGCCCUUCUUCUGGCUGAUGAUCUGGUGUGGCGCGAUUGGAUCUUGGGCCGUGUUCAGCAGUACACUACUGCUCGCCAAAGCGACCAGCCCGCUCAGCGCAACCUUUGUCAACGUGCCAAGGAGCGCAGUGCAGCUGAUGCUGCUGAGCAUGUUCAAAAUGCCCGCCUACAGCUGGGUCGGCGUCGCUCUGUGCUGGGCCGCCAGCGCAUGGUAUGCUGCGAGUCGGCGCGCAGAGAGCCGGGGGACGAGGGUCAGGCUUGAGGGGAGAUAG